ACCGCUGUGUAUAAAAGCCGAAGCGCACCCAAAAGCGAUUCGAUAGAGAGAGAGAGAUUGUAGAGAGAGAGUGGAAUUGGGUUCUGUUUGGUUGAUCGGAAAAUCACAUAGAAACUGCGAGAAAAAGUUCCUUCGUGCGGCGGAGACAACGACGACGACGGUGGAAUGGGGAGUGAGAGCAAGAACAGGAAUGACGGCGGAGAGGUGGCGGCGGCGGCGGCGAGAGGUAUUCCGCCGACGGCGAAGAAGGUGGUGCAGACGGUGAAGGAGAUCGUUAACUGUACGGAGCAGGAGAUCUACGCUGUGCUCAAGGAAUGUGAUAUGGACCCUAACCGCGCCGUCGAGAGGCUUCUUGCUCAAGAUACAUUUCAUGAGGUGAGGAGCAAGCGUGAAAGAAGAAAAGAGCUUCAGAUGAAGGAGGCUUCGGAUUCGAGGACAACAAGGGGCAAUAGCUUGGGGUUUAGUCGCGGAGGCAAAUUUGCGGUUGGCAGUGAUCGUAGGGUUUUGCAGAGUGGAUUACCCCAUGCGACUUAUAAUGAACAUGGUAAAGCCGUUGGUAAAGGAGAGGUUGGAUCAGGCUGUGCUCCCGUUACAUCUUUUGCUGCAACACGUGUUGUGGGGAAAAGUUCAAAAAAUGACUCUUCUAGUACUGAUAAUGGGAGACAGUCAUUAAGGACAGGUGACUCUGUGCCAGAUCUUGCCCAAAUCUCUCCAGGAUCUCAACCCUUGUUGAUAGGAGUGAACAAAGGACAUCUUUCAAUGGCAGACGUUGUCAGAAUGGGUAGAACAUGUCAAGAUUCUGUUUCACAUAACCAUGAUAAUACCUUAGGGGUUUCUGCAUCUGGAAAUUCAGAGUCAAGCUUAAGUCUGCACCAUCAGAAUAAUUCUGAGCAACAAGUUCUUCAUGGUGAAUGGCCUCUAAUUGAACAACCAACUGGGGGAACUUCGCAAGCACUACACAUAUCUUCUACAUCAAAUGCUAAUGGGCCAUUUGUGCAUCCUAACUUGUAUACUCAAGAUAGUUUACGCAGGAACUGUGAAAUAGAUGGAGCUCAAGUUUCAUUGCGGGAUGUAGCUAGUGAUAAUGUGAAUUCUGAAAAAAUUGAAUCUGCUUUUAUAUCUAGCAAACAAACUAUUACGAGCAGCAACACUGGACUAGGAUCGCGUACCAACUCUAAUUUAAAGAAUACUUGUACCUCUGAUUUUCAUAGAUCUCAUGAGCAUCAUGAAGUUGCAUUGGAUUUCCAGCGGCUAAGUAUGAGAGAAUCUGAAAUGGAACUGCCAUCAUCUGAAGAUAACUCAGCACUGGUUCUUCCAAAUGAUUUUCAACCCUGGUCUGAGGAAUGUUCACAUUUGAGUUUUGGUACAUAUAACGGUGGCAGUAAUUCUGCAUCUUCUGCACAUCUUGCAUCGAAUCAUCUUUCUAGAAGUGACCUGGAAGAGAACUUCGCAACUAUAGAUGAGACUAUAGAUGAUUCUUUGGCUCAGAUCCUAGAUGACAGUUCUGUAUACGAUGGUGAUAAGCAGCUUGGAUUUGAUGUUUUUAGAGGAACAGCAGGGGAUCAAAAUUAUGACUUUCUUUCAUCUUCUCGGCGAGAACAUCUGAAGAAUACUGUUCGCGAGGGAACACAUGUGCAUGAAUACAGCUCUGUAGCAUCUAGAUCAGAUCUUAGUUUGCAGAACUCUCACUGGGGGACUCCUUCACUGCCUUUGAAGCAUUCAGGCUUGCAGAAUGGAAGCCAUGCUCCUUUUUCCAGAGAACAGCACACUGAUUCAAAUUCAAUACCUGAUGAUGUGUUGGCAUUCCUCAUCUCACAAUCACAACGUGCAAGAUACAGUAAUGCAGAAUCAUCUGUCAUUGAUCCAGGCGCCCUUGCUCUCAACAGAUCUGCACUUCCCCAGGAUCUUAUGAUGCAAUCCUCAGUACACUUUCAACAGUUGCCUGACACAAAAAACUAUCGGUCUAUGCCCCAAAAUCAGUCAUAUAUGGCAACCAUCAAUCCGCAGCAAGCAGCUCUGAGCAACAAUGCAUAUAUUCAGUCUUCUGGCAACACUGCAUAUAUUCAAUCUCCUGCACACAUGAAGCCCAGCCUUCCCCAACAUAGAAAUGAAUUCCAUAUGAGUAGAUUGCCUCCAGCCACUGCCAGUGAUGCAUUUGGUUAUGGAAACGUUGGCUCUUCCUUUUAUAGUUCUGGAAGCAUUCUGUCUAAUCCAUCUCCUGGUUAUAUGAAGCCUUCAAGUAACUUUGAUGAGAUUUUACCUUCUCAGUAUAAUGGUGGACGUAACUUGAGCUCUAUCCAGCAGCAUGGUGACUUUUCACAAUGGGAUUAUGGGGCUGAGUCAAGAUCUUCAUUUCUUCCUGAGAGAAGCCAGUACAACUUCCUGGGGCAGCAGCCAAGUCAAGCUUCCCUUUCACAGUAUGUAAGCCCUGGAUAUUCUGACCUUCAGCAUUCUCGGGCACGGGUUUUGGAAGAACUUCAGCAACAAGGUGAUUUUCAUGACUUGUCCAAGCAAUUGUACCAAUUCCGGCAGCACAGCCACUAACUGUAUAUGUCCUGCUCUUUUUUCUCCCCUUUUCUAUGAGGAAUUAUGGUAGCAGGAUUAGGUGAGUUAGGGUGUGAUUAUCAUUCAGAUGCUUGAGCUUUACUUCAACUGUACAUACUUUUAAAAGAAUUGAACUUUCUAGCUUCUGCGUUAACUUUAUUGUAUAACUGAGGUUGUCGUUUUGUCUUAGGGUGGGUGCUUUUUAAUUGGAAGUUUCAAUUGUAGCUAGAGGAGUAUACUUUUUCUGCCCAACUUUAUAAUUAGAUUAUGAUGAACUCAUUUCCAACA